GAUCCCACAGCUAGACGUGGGGCAGCUCGGAAGGGUUUAGUGACAUUCUGUGUACAGUAUAUAAAGGGCUUCCCGUGUGGGGAGGUCACACUGGCUUCUCGCUUGGAGCACACAUGAAGGGGCUGAGGCUUGGAGAGGGAAGUGAGCUGCCCCAGAUCCCAGUCCGAGAGAGGUGCGAGCGGGGAAGAUCUGGGGCGAGCUGGGGACUGUGGUUUACUCAGAGGAUGCAGCCAUGAGGCCCCCAUUGGCAGCUGAAGUGGAGGAGGAGGUGGGCUCUGAGGAAGAAGAGUUGUGGGAGAAAAUCGAGGGUAUCCGGCACAAGCUGACUCGAGCCCUCAAUCCCGCCAAGCUCACCCCGUAUCUACGCCAGUGUCGCGUGAUUGAUGAGCAGGAUGAAGAGGAGGUGCUAAGCACCUAUAGUUUCCCCUGCAGGAUCAACCGAACUGGGCGACUGAUGGAUAUCCUGAGAUGUCGAGGUAGGCGAGGUUAUGAGGCUUUUCUGGAGUCCCUAGAGUUCUACUACCCAGAACACUUCACCUUACUGACGGGGAGGGAACCUGCUCAGCGCUGCUCCAUGAUCUUGGAUGAGGAGGGUCCCGAGGGCCUGACCCAGUUCCUGAUGACAGAGGUGAGGCGGCUACGGGAGCAGCGCAAGGCCCAGCUACAGAGGGAGCAGCAGUUGCAGGCCCAGACCCGGGCUCUGGAGGAGGAGCGGGCCACACUGGAACGCAAGCUAGGGGAGCAGCUGCAGGCCCAAGAGCGGUGUCAGCGGCUCCGCGAGGACUGGGAGUCGGGGAGCCUGGAGCUACUGAGACUCAAGGAGGAGAACUACAUGAUAGCCAUGCGCCUGGCACAGCUGAGCGAAGAGAAGAACACCGCCGUCCUGCGCAGCCGAGACCUGCAGCUGGUGGUAGACCAGCUUCGGUGCAAGGCGAGCCGGCUGGAGGAGGAGUGCUCGAUGCUCCGGAGAGCUCGGAGCCCAGCCCCCUCUGCCCUAGACGUGGAGGAGAAGGAUCCCGAAGCACCCGACCUCAUCUCCGAGCUGCAGGCUGAGAAUCAGAGACUGACCACUUCGCUUCGAGAGCUUCAGGAAGGCCUAAAGCAGGACCCCGGCUCGGAGCAGAUCCUCUUGGACAUCUUAGAACACGAUUGGAAGGAAGCUCAGGACGAUCGUCAGGAGCUCUGUCAGAAGCUCCAUGACGUCCAGGGAGAGCUCCAGUGGGCGGAACAGCUUCGGGACAAGUACCUACGGGAGAUGGAAGACCUGCAGCUGAAGCACAGGACCCUGCAGAAAGACUGCGGCCUUUAUAAGCACCGAAUGGCCACUGUCCUGGUGCAGCUGGAGGAGAUUGAGAAGGAGAGGGACCAGGCCAUCCAGAGCCGGGACCAUAUCCAACUCCAGUAUUCGAAGAGUCUGAUUGAGAAGGACCAGUACCGGAAGCAGGUGCGAGGCCUGGAGGCCGAGAGGGAUGAGCUGCUGACCACCGUCACCCAGCUCGAGGGGGCCAAGGGCUUGCUGGAAGCCCAGCUCCAGCGGGUCCAGGGCAGUGUGGGCAUGAAGGCCUGCAACUCUUCUCACUCCCUCUGCUCCAACCUCAGCAGCACGUGGAGUCUAAGUGAGUGCCCCUCUCUGCUGGGGAGUCUGGACGUGGCUGGUGAGACCACCACUUCUGGAGGAUCUGAGCCCCAUACUUUGGAGGAGACAGUGGAUAGUGAGAAGGAGAUCAACCGCCUCUCCAUCCUCCCCUUCCCCCCUAGUGCUGGCUCCAUCCUCCGGCGGCAGCGAGAGGAGGACCCUGCCCCCCCAAAGAGGUCCUUCAGCAGCACAUCUGACAUACCAGGGAGCGUCACCCUCAAGCCAUGGUCUCCUGGGCUUUCCUCAUCCUCAUCCUCCGAUGUCCUGUGGCCUACAGGGAAGUCAGACACCAUUACUGCCCGAGGCUGUGGCUCAGAGAUGCUGAAUAGGUCCCUAGCUGUACGGGGGUCCUCUAGGCACAGCCCUCCAGGUGGGCCAGAGUCCCAAGACAAGGGACCAGACAGUAGCACAUCUUUCCGUGGGAGCAACCCCUCUGGGGUGGUGCUACGCCGAGCACUGUCGGGCCCAGGAACAGAAUCCACAGUGGACGUGCAGGAUGGCCACCAAUUUUUAGAGCUGAGAAGAGACAAUACAAGCCGGGAGGAUGCCCAGGGCCAGCUGAGCACCCUGCGCUGGAAUGAGGCUGCCACCUUCACCUUCUUCCAGGAUAUGAAAGUCUGCCCAUCCCCCAGGGAGGACUCUGACGCCAUCAGUAAGAAGGGAACGUCGGGAGCCGAUUCCUUCUAUGUCCGAGCCAAUCAUCCCUUGCCUGAGCAGGCUGACCCCCGGGCUCUGUGUGUGAAAGGCCAAGAGAUCCUGCGUGUGGUGGACCCAGCCUACAAGGGCCGGCCUGAGUGGUACUGUGCCCGAGUCGACCCCCUCACCCUUCGAGACCUGGACAGGGGCACAGUGCCCAACUUCCGGAGAGCCCAGCAGCUCCUGGAGGCCCAGGACAAGUGCCCACACUACGGUCGCUCCAGAAGUCACCGGGGGAGCAAUCUAAAGAAACGUGCCUUAGACCAGCUCCGUCUGGUGAAGCCCAGACUCUCAGGGGGGCCAGGUGACCCCCAGGAGCAGUUCUUGCUAGACUCUUGCCCAGAGCCUGACCGGAGCUCCAAGCCCUAUAGCUUGGUCCGGCCUCUGCUAGUGUCCUCCCUCCGUCCUGUGGUGCUGUCCCCUGAAUGCCUGGCCCCCCGCUUAAUCCGAAACCUGCUGGACCUGCCUACAUCACGCCUGGAUUUCCACGUGUGUCCAGCGGAGAGCCUCACUGGAGAUGAACCGCUGGUCCCCGCGGCACCGGGCGCCCCCUCGGCCCAGCCUGUUCCUCAGGGCCUGGGCGUGAGGGUCCGGACCAUCCAGGAAUCUAUUGGAAAGAACAAGCACUGCUUGCUGGAGUUGAGCCCCCAGAGUGUGAGGGAGCUGGUGCGGAGUGAGAUCUACCCAAUUGUCAUCCAUGUGGAUGUGACAGAAAAGAAUGUUCGGGAAAUCAGGAGUUUGCUGGGCCGACCAGGCUGGCGAGACUCGGAGCUCCUGAGGCAGUGCCGAGGUGGGGAGCAUUUGCUGUGGGACCUGCCAUGCUCCUGGGCACGGGUGGACACGCAUGCCUGGGCCCACGCAGAAGAACUGGCCAAGGUGGUUCGGGGCCGUAUUCUGCAGGAGCAGGCCCGGACAGUGUGGGUGGAAUGUGGCGAGAUCUGACGGCCCCUGCAGGUGGAGCCGGGAGCCCAGCUGGUCUGGGGCCUCCUGCUUUUGGGCAGGCAGACCCCCCUCCCUCCUCAAGGCCUGCCUCUCCUUUCCCUUGACUCCUUCCUUCUUCAAGCACUUUGAAGGUGGUGCAGACCUUCCUCACUCUGGGACGUGGUCCCUAGCUGCCCAUCUUGGAAGACUGACUGACCUCUGGCAGCAGAGGCUGUUGGGAGGUGGGUGGGAUGGAUGGAUGGAUGACCUGCUCUGCUCCUCUUGGGGACAUGCAACACCCUAGCCAGGAUCAGAGUAGUUGGGGGUGCAGUUAUUUCAUUUUCAUGUCCUCUCCAUCCCUCCCUCUUCUCCUGAGCAGCCUUUCAGCUCUAGGCUCCCAUCCUAUGGACAGGAGUCAGAGGAAAGCCUGGCCCUAGGCUAUUAAGCAAAACCUCUAAAACAGGGAUUCUUAACCCGGAGUCCCCGGCCCCCCAACCACGCAUGAGAACACAUCGAUGGCACACGAGGAAUCUAUGGAGAGAUUUCGGGGGGUCUGUGAACUUGGAUGGGAAAAAGUACAGCUUUCUUUUUAGUCUUCUAAGCUAAACUCAGUAUUCCCUUCAAUUAUGAAUGUAGUCAUCAAACUGUGAUACUGAACAUGGAUCUGUUGGCGUCCCCAGACUUCCCGCUCGAGGUGCCCAGGAUGUAAACAAAGUUGAGAACACCUAACCUAAAGGGCGCAAGCCUGGCUGCUGCUCCUUCUGUCUGCCCCUGGGUCUGUUGUUCUGUGUCCGGGGAUGCUGUCAUACACGUGGAUGCACAACUGCCUCUCAUGUGCCUAUGGGUUUUCUCUGUCUCAUGCGUAUGUGUUCUCCCUCAUUCGUACACGUUUCCUACCUGUGCUCACAUGUACACACAAGUACAUACGGGCACAUAGUGGUCACAUUGUUAUGACCUUGCCCAUGGUCAUAGACAUACGUGGACACAUUCCCACGAUGCAUUUGUCGACUGUGCUUCCAUACACCUAUUCUGACCCACGUGUGCAAAGACAACAUCACAGCCACGGAGCUGGAAUUGAGGAAGGAAGCCCAGGGCAGUGACUUUCUGCCUAGACAGGAGCAUCUGGGUUCUCUGGGUCCACAUCCAGAUUUCUUUCUUCUGUACCACACUGUUACCAUUUAUAUGUGCCCACGAUGCAAUACAUUGGUUACUUGUGCACACGUGUGCCCACUUACGUGUGACCCCACAUGUUCUCACUGGUGCUUCACAUCCAUGCUUGUGGGCAUUCACCUGUCCACACCUUCACCCACGCACUCUCCCUGUUGCCACUGCUAUUGCAUAGCGUGUGUGCAAACAUACGUGCACAUGGUCUCACCUGUAUGUGUAGAGUUGGUCCAUGUUCACAUGUAUCGCCUUGUUCUCUCCUCUGAUCACACGUUCAUCCUCUCACAUGCAAUCCUACCCCACCUUUUGCACACACAUGUGUGUCUGCGCAUACCUCGGUUCCCAUGUGAGACCCUCAAUGAAAGCUGCAGAAAUUUCUGGGGUUGACUAGAACUGGAGACUUUACUGUGUGUAAGUUAUUAAGAGCCUCUUUUUAUUAGGAAUCUGGUGUACAAAGAAGAAAAUUAAACUCCAUUUGAUACAGAAA